AUGGCCACCGCUCAACAGGCAGCGCCCGUACACUCGGGAAGAGACCAUUUGCAAGUCACAUCCACGCCAGCAGCUCCACCGACCAGCCUUGAAUUUGCAGAGACCACCACCGUCUCGUUAGAAUGGCGGCUCAGCGGCCUUCGGGCCAUGUACGAGACAAGUAAAGGCGAUGCCAAGUCGCGUGGUGCUGCGAUCAGUGACGAGUUCCCGAACAGCGAAACGACGCCGACGCUGACGACCUCCGCUCACAGCAAGUGCAUCAAGUCCGCCAUCUUUGGUGACCCGGACAAUCUGUGGGAGGUGCUGUGGUACCCCAACUCUGGCGUGCAGGGUGGCGAGUAUGCCAGCUUGUACCUGUCGUGUGUGCCGACUACACAGGAGCGCGAGCAAGGUAUCGGCAACAAAUGGGUGCGCAAGGGCCUGUGGUGGUUCCGCUUUGAAGUCAAGGUGCACGAGGAACGCACAGGCAAGCUGGCGGCCAUUGCCUCCAAAGACGCGAGCGACCACACGUUCGCAGUUAAAACGGCCAACUGGGGCUGGCAGCAGUUUGGCAAACGCGACCAGCUGUUCUUGCACCCGGCCGUCGUGGCCAGCGACUCUUUCGUGAUUGUGUGCACCAUAUCGGCACAGCCCCAGCCCCCAGCUGGAUACUGGCUUGGCUUGGGACAACCUGGCCGUCCUGGAACCGUUUCUGGCAGUCCCAAUUCGCUCGCCUGGUCUGGUGGAGACGGAGCAUCGGGCGGUGUUGCUGGUGGAACCCUCGCAGCCGGCGGGCCCAAGCGCAUCGUGCCACGCGACCUCGUGUCAGCAGUCGGCGACAUGCUUGACGAUCCAAUGUACUCUGACAUUGAGUUUGUCAUCCCAGCCCCCUCUCUCCGCGCACGCGGCAUUGCUGGCGACCGCCCGCCCCCUCGGCGCGUGUAUGCAAACAAGAAGCUGCUCAACCGGUGCGAGUACUUUGACGCCAUGUUUCACGGCGGCUUUGGCGAGGUAGAAGGAACGUUGAGUGAUGACGACGAUGACGACGAUGCGGAUGAUGGCCUCGACAACUUGUCCGACAGUGAUGAAGAGGAUGAGCUGUCAGACCUGCUGGCAGGCCCGACUGUCACUCCCACCACUACCGGCACCAUCAACACGAGCAGUACCACCACCCGAGACGAAUCGUCUGUUGCUCCCACUCGUGAAGAGGGGGAAUCCACCAAACCCGAUAUAAGCAACCGGGAUAACGAGCGGGACGAUGAGGAGGAGGAGGAGGAAGAUCACAGCGUCGAGGCCACUGACGGCGGAGGCGAAACACCGGAACAAGGUGGUGGUAACCCGGACGAUGCUCCGCCGACCGAGCCCAAGCCCGCAGCGCCGGUGGUGCAACGCAAGCGCGCGCGGUCGACUGCUCACUCGCUCGGACCCAAGAAGACGCGCGUGGUUGUCCGCGACGCAGCUUGGAGCACGUGGUGGGCGGUGUUGUACUGGCUAUACACCGACGUCAUCUACUUUGCACCCCUCUCUUCAUCCUUUGCCGAACGCUCGCGCCACAGCCGGUCUGGCUCAACCACCGUCCAAGCCGCAGGCGAGCCCCGCAGCCGUCGUGAAUGGAUUGCCGCCUGGCUCUCGGAACGCGGCAUGGCAACCAGCCUCGGCGGCAGCGACGAGGGUGGCAACGUCUUGGCCAUCGUCGGCCCCCGUCCAGUCUCUGCGAAAGCAGUCUAUCGCCUAGCUGACAAGCUUGAUUUGCCGGCACUCAAGCUCCGUGCGUUCCAGCAUAUUGUCGGCCAACUGACCGCGGCAAAUAUCCCCGCGGAGGUGUUUAGCCGUUUCAGUUCGACAUUUGAGGACGUCCGCAAGGUUCAAGUGGCAUUCUUCCUCAAGCACUGGAGCGAGAUUAAAAAGUCGGACACGAUGCAAAACAUCUGGAAACAGAUCAGGGACGGCAAACAUGUGGGCUUUGAAGAGGUGUGGCCUCUCAUCGUCGGCCAGCUCGACUUCCGUCCGUCGUAA